GUAAAUCGUGUGCUAAACUCUGGUUAAAAAAACACAAAACGACAAUUUACCCAAAAAAAUACGAAAACACCAUCGACUGAAAGAAAAUUAGUUCGUAUUUUGGACCAAGAUGUUUCAGCUUUAAUCUAAAGAGACAGACCCAAAAUAAGAGACGCUACAUCUCGAGAACUGUCCACCCAAAGGAGAAGAACGAACUGCAAUCCCGGAUAUGAAACAAAGGCAAUUUAACCAUUAGAAAAAGAAGGUGCAUGGGGGGCGAUGGGUGUCGGUGCAACUGAGGGGGGGCUUCGUAGGCGAAUGCCGCUGCGACGUGUGGGUGGUGGUGUGGCAACGGGCGCCUCUGGACUUGGCGGCAGGGCCAUGCGCUACUACCGCCUCUGGAUCUACACUUGCAACACUGCACUUCUGGCCGGAGCCUUAGCAUUUUGUGGGGCCGCCGCCAGAACCGUCCUUUUCGAUUUUCGAAGGUCAUUGGUGCCAUCUCUGACCUUAUACCAGCCUUCAUUUCUUUACGCUUAUCUAGCACUCGCGACACAAGGAGGAGCCCUACAGCUUUUGGGCUGUUUGGCGGCUUUACGUCUUUCCGAAAAACUACUCAACGCCUAUUGGCUACUUCUACUUGUCUUGCUCUUCGGCGAUGUCGUGCUUGGGGCUUUCUGGGCGUUCAAAUUCGAACGAAUCUGCCAGGAGUUAAAACCCACGCUGAGGAUCAGGUUUCAACAGGAAUACGGAAGCAGCAGCGAGUUGACCGCGAUGUGGGACCGCCUCCAAGAGGAAGACUCCUGUUGUGGCGUCAGUGGCCCCAGCGAGUUCAACAGUAGUCUCCGAUGGGAGAUCCCUCCCAGCUGUUGCGUUGAACCUCCUCCGGUCAACUCAACAAAGUGCUCCAAGACUCACACGUCUGGCUGUGACGAAAGACUUCUAGCUUACCUGAAAGCCACAGCCUCGAUUCUCGCGAUUUUGGGCUACUGUGUGCUCGCCUUCCUUAAGCUGUGCUUCCUCGGAAUCUUGCGUUACGAAAUCCGGGAAAUGAUCCAAAAGAUCCGGAUUCUCCGGACCGAAUUGGAGCUGACCAACGCGAACGGCGCGGUUCCGGGCGCGAUUCGUGCCGAGAGUGCCGAAAGCGAACGCGAAUCAUUACUUGUGCGACCGGAAAGUGCCGCUUUACUGUCGUCGCCGCCGACACAAACGAAAAAUCCCAACGGAAAUAAUAAUUACGAAAUGAGGGAGUAUCGCAGCCAUGAGAACAUUUGACUAAAGUAUCGCCUGGAGGGCUUGUUCAAUCGCGGUCGCUGGGGCCGCGUGAAGAAAGGCCCUCUGGCUACGCCCCUCGAGGAGAUCUUCAAGCGCAAACCCAGAACAAGCAGGGUGAAGGACGAUCCCUGCUGAAAACGACCUAGUGCUUUGUCUAGCUAACGCAGUACAGAAAAAUUACACGCAAUAAUAUUCUCAAGCCACAAGUUUUUUUUUUGCUUCUUAACAUUCCAAGUGUACAGUGUAUAUAUCCAGACUUUAGGUUACUUAAAUAAACGGUGCAAGAACUGUGUUACGAAGACUGGUCCCUUUUUAAGAAGGAAAGACAUAAGAAGGACACUCGCGACUAAUCGCGAGUGUGUUUAUAUGAGCUUAUUAUUAUUGUUAUAGUGCCUCGCCUUAAGUAACUUAGCUAAUAGGUCAAUCAAAUUAGAUUUUACAUUCUGAAAAACUAUUAGAAAUUUCGGAAUGUUAAACGGUUUCAUAGUGAAAAUUUUUGAUAAAGGUAAAUUCUUGACUAAAUACUGGUUCAGAAAUUAAUUUCAAAUCAAAAUAUUUGUUCAAUUCGAUUGGCCUAUAAAAGUCGAAGUGCAUUCUGGUCUAAUAAAAGUUCAAGUUUGCGUUUCCAUUUUAAAGGGACGAUUUUUUCCCUCGCAUGCCUUCAAUAUUAUCUGAUCUCGCAGUUCAGUUCAUGAAUGAAAAACCGGCCAGUCGUAAAUAACGAGCUGUGGCGGCCGACCAAGUUGCCAAUAGAUCCUUGACGGAUCGUCCUGAAGCCGGAGCGGAGCGCAAAAACCGACAAAGUUUAAGAUAUUUUCAAGUCAUUUUAGAUAAAUUCCCAAUGACACAUUUCACUUCUUUUGAAGUUGAGUCAAUUAAACAAAAAGCGUGCCGGCUAAUUCUAAUUCAUAGAUUUAAUAAUUUAAUUAAAAUAUGCAGUAAUUUAUGAUACAUUAAAAAACAGAUACUUAUUACGGCUUAUUAGAUAGAGCAUUGUAAAAAAUGUAAAGUACAAAACCGUUUUAUAUGACAAGUAGUCUUUUAGUAAAAACAUUGUAUCAUAAUUAGACUAAUAUUAAACCAACACUAAAACUAAAGGAAAAUCGUUUAAUAAAACUAAAAUGCCUAGAGUUAGAAGUGCUAUAACCGUAUCUUAUUAAACUUAUAUUCUAACUGUAAUUUAAAGCAGCUGUAAAUUUUUAGAAUAAUUCAAAUGAACCAAUCGAACACCAAAUAGUUAUAAAUCUAUUCGCUGUGUUAGUGUUAAAGGGACGAUUUAUUAUCACAAACGCGCAAGUAAAUCAUCGCCCUUUAAAUUAGAUGUCAUAAUAAAAAUAACCCUUAAUCACAAUGCAACUCUGUCGGCCGUUUCACCCCAAAACCAAAAAAAAUCUCUAGACCAAUAAAAAUUAUCGACCUUGUUUAAGCUUCCCGAUUGAUUAGCGCCACCUAGCGCGCUUUAGGUUUAAUGUAUCAUUGUUAAGAGAGCUAUUUCAUGUUAUUACACAUGUACAAGACAAAAAUGAUGUAUAUAUCUAUUUAAUAAAGUGUAUUGUUAGUA